AUGGAAGAAUCCGAUGGAUCGCCAUUUCACCCCGAUGAAAGGGGCACUGCAUCAAGCCAGCAUGACCCCCAAGCUCUUCCUCAGACACCCGAUCGCGAAAAUGCCUCCGAAGGUACGCGGCGCCGCUCAACGCGUCGCGUCGUACCCGUACAGAGGCAAGACGCGCCCGCGACACCGGCAAUGCAGCCUCCUAGAGGGGGCCCGAGGACCGCUGCACACGAUCGCAUGGUGGUCCAGACGCUCCUGAAGCUGCCUGGCUUCCAUUUCACUAACGCCAAAAACGUCUUCAACACAAGAGAAGGCUCACAGCUGGCGACCAUCCUGGGCGCCCGGCUCGACCCCGAAGAACACAAGAGGUCUGUGGCUGCCGGCGACCAGCGGCUGGUCUGCCUGCGCGUCGCCCACGUCAUCGAAACGUGCUGCGACGAGUGGCUCGAGAACUGGCAGGAGAAACCCCUGACUAGCGACUUCUGGAAAGAUGCCGCCGAGCGCUUGCGCUGUCAUACCAAGUUCUGGGCAAAUACCGUCCCCACGCCUGUCCAGGUGAACACGGUUUGCAUGGCUUACACGCGCCAUUGGGAUCAGCACGGGCGCGGUGGCGUCUCCGACAACCCAGCCAGAUGGGGAUUCAACCUCAGCGAGCUCACCUGGGGCAAUGCGAGGGCUGACAUCGAUCCCGACUGGUUUGCCAAGCCGUGGGAGUAUGAGCGCGCAUGUGAGUGA